AUGGCGUCCAACUCGAGCGGCGGCGGCGGUCUGUUCAGCCGCGGCAACUCCGGCCAGGCGAACUCGAUGCGCGGCCUGGUGUCGUUCAUUGCCGACCUGCGCAACGCCCGCGCACGCGAGCUCGAGGAGAAGCGCAUCAACAAGGAGCUGGCCAACAUCCGCCAGAAGUUCAAGGACGGCGGUCUCAACGGCUACUCCAAGAAGAAAUACGUCUGCAAGCUGCUAUACAUCUAUAUUCUGGGCUGGAACGUCGACUUCGGCCACCUGGAGGCCGUCAACCUGAUCAGCGCGAACAAGUAUUCGGAGAAGCAAAUCGGCUACCUUGCUGUCACUCUGUUCCUCCACGAGGAACAUGAGCUCCUGCAUCUGGUCGUCAACAGCAUACGCAAGGACCUCCUGGACCACAAUGAGCUUUUCAACUGUCUUGCGCUGCACGCCAUCGCCAAUGUUGGUGGCAAGGAGAUGGGCGAGGCCCUAAGCGCUGACGUCCAUCGGCUACUGAUUUCGCCCGCAUCCAAAUCCUUUGUCAAGAAGAAGGCCGCUCUCACGCUCUUGCGUCUGUACCGGAAGUUCCCAGGCAUCGUGCAACAGGAAUGGGCCGAGCGCAUAAUAGCAUUAAUGGAUGAUCCGGACAUGGGUGUUGCUCUCUCGGUGACCUCUCUGGUGAUGGCGCUGCUUCAGGACAACCCCCAGCAGUACCGCGGAAGCUACAUCAAGGCCGCCCACCGCCUGAAGAAGAUUGUCGUCGACAACGAAUGCUCGGUUGACUAUCUCUACUACAAGGUUCCUUGCCCGUGGAUCCAGGUCAAACUACUCCGAUUGCUGCAGUAUUACCCGCCCUCGGAGGACACGCACGUCCGUAACCUGAUCCGCGAAUCGCUGCAACGAAUCAUGGACUCGGCAAUGGAGAUGCCGAAGAAUGUGCAGCAGAACAACGCUCAGAACGCCGUUCUCUUCGAGGCGAUCAACCUCGUCAUCCACCUUGACACGGAGCAAGAUCUCAUGGUCCAGAUCUCCUCAAGGCUAGGCAAAUUCAUCCAAUCGCGAGAAACGAACGUGCGGUAUCUGGGCUUGGAAGCCAUGACGCACCUUGCAGCACGAGCAGAAACUUUGGAUCCUAUCAAGAAGCAUCAGAGCAUAAUCAUCGGGUCGUUGCGGGAUAGAGAUAUUAGUGUUCGCCGACAGGGUUUGGACUUGCUCUACAGCAUGUGCGAUUCCACGAACGCGGCGCCAAUCGUCUCCGAGCUCCUGAAAUACCUUCAGACGGCCGACUUCGCAAUCAGAGAGGAAAUGGUCCUCAAGAUUGCCAUCCUGACAGAGAAAUACGCAACGGAUGUCCAAUGCGACGAGGUGUGGCAGCGUGUUAUCCAGAUUGUCACAAACAACGAAGAGCUCCAGGUGUAUGCGGCGCAGAACAUUCUCCAGUACGUCAAGGCUGAGCACUGCCACGAGACGCUGGUGAAGAUUGGCGGAUACCUGCUCGGUGAAUUCGGCCACCUGAUUGCCGACAACAAGGGCUGCAGCCCGAUUGAGCAGUUCUACGCCUUGCGUGGAAAGAUGCUAGGCUGCUCAUCUAGCACUCGUGCCCUCAUCCUCUCUUGCUUUGUCAAAUUCAUCAAUCUGUUCCCCGAAAUUAAGCCACAACUUUUGCAGGUCUUCCAGGACUUCAGCCACACAUUGGACUCCGAACUUCAGCAAAGAGCAUGCGAGUACUACGCUUUGGCAACUCUGCCGACAGACGAUCUUCUCCGGACUGUCUGCGAUGAGAUGCCACCAUUCCCAGAACGUGCCUCGGCUCUUUUGUCCCGUCUUCAUCAGAAGCACGCCAAUUCCAGCGACAAGAGAACCUGGGUCGUCGGUGGCAGGGACGCCAAUACUGACCCCAAGGAAUUCAACUUGGUCCAAAACACUGGCCUCAAGCGGUCGUUCACCAAUGCCUUGUCCAGCAAUGGCACCCCCACGACACCGACAACAAAUGGCGCGAAUGGUGCGUCAAACGGAGCAUCCGACCUUCUGGGUCUUGACAUGCACCCCGACAGCGGCAAGGGUGCAAACCUCGCCAGUGCUGCCCACCUAAGUCCAGGCUGGGAAGUUGGCUACAACAAAUUAUUACUCAAACCUGAAGGCGUGCUCUACGAAGAUGUGCAGAUCCAAAUCGGACUGCGUUCCGAGUACCGCGGCGAGCUUGGCUGCCUCAUUCUGUAUUUCAGCAACAAGUCCUCAUCUACAAUGACUUCUUUCACCACAACACUAGACAACCGUUCAGCUGAAUUCCUCAAGACGGAUAUCAAGUCAUUGCCCGAAACCACAAUCCAUCCCGAGGGACAGACCCAGCAAAUGAUCAUGUUCGAAGCGAAGCACGUGUUCGUCCAUCCGCCGACAAUUCGCAUUUCCUACUUGUCGGGAUCCUUACAAGGAUUGACUUUGCAGCUGCCAGUCACGCUGCACAAAUAUAUGGAAGGCGCCCAGCUAUCGGCCGACGACUUCUUCAAGCGCUGGAAGCAGAUCGGUGGCCCGCCUCGUGAGGCACAGAAGGUCUUCGGACUCAUCAGCAAGAGUCGCACAACAAACGCGACUUUCACUCGCAGAAUCGUUGAGGGCUUCAAGUGGGGUGUUCUAGAUGGUGUUGAUCCGAACCAAAAGAACCUUGUUGGCGCAACGGUGCUGCACACACAUGAUGGUGGUAGAUUUGGUUGCUUGAUGCGGUUGGAGCCGAACUUUGAUACCAACAUGUACCGCCUUACCGUUCGCGCCACCGAUGAAUCCGUGCCGUCAGUUCUGCUGAAUGCAAUGGUCGAGCGACUUUCACAAGGAAUGGCCCCACACUGA